AACCCCUUGUGAUUAUUUUCCCCAUGAUCAGAAAUCUGUGACCAAAUGAGGAGAUUCUUUAUCCUACUCACUUGUAAAAGGGUGAGUAACUUUAUAUCUAACAAUAAAUCACACAAAACCCAUUUCCAUACUCAUCUUAAACCAGGAAGAGCUAAUCUCAAUCUAAAAAGCUGUGCCAGAACUAAUCCUACCAAAGCACUGUUGCUGUUUCAAGAGCUGCUGAGAAAAAAGAUUUCUUGGAUAGAUAGCUACUCUCUCUUAUAUGUCAUCAAAGCUUGCACCCAGAGAUGCUUAUUUAAUGAAGGAAAGCUGUUCCAUGGUUUUGUCAUUAAACUAGGUUUUGAACCCAUAGUUUUCCUCCAAACAUCCCUCAUGGAUAUGUACUCUGCUUCUGCAAAUCUCGAGGGUGCACGCAAGGUGUUCGAUGAAAUGCCUAGCAAGAAUGUCGUGUGCUGGACUUCGUUAGUAACUGCGUGUGUUCAAAACCAGAAACCCAAUGCAGCUUUAGAGGUAUUCUGGCAAAUGAUAAUGGCGAAUGUGGAGCCUGAUCAGGUCAUUCUCACGGCUGUGCUGUCCGCGUGUGCUGAUGCUGGUGCACUGGAUGUGGGAGAGCAGAUUCAUGGUUACAUUCGUCGAAAUUUUGGGUUGGAUGCAGAUUUGCGCAUGGCAAAUGCCCUCUUAAACAUGUAUGUGAAAUGUGGGGAUGUCAAAGCUGCAAAGAUACUGUUUGAUGGUGUGAGGGAAAAGGAUGUCACAACCUGGACUUCCAUGAUUGUUGGCCUUGCAUUACAUGGCCAGGCAGAAGAAGCACUGAGGCUAUUUGCAGCCAUUGAAGAAGAAAACAGAUUAUCAAGAUUACGCAAAAACUGCAGGUUUAAGAGCGGAUUAGUUGUCCCUAACGACGUUACAUUCAUAGGAGUUUUAAUGGCUUGCAGCCACAUGGGGAGGGUGGAAGAGGGCAAGAGGCAUUUCAGAAGCAUGGUUCGAGAAUACUGCAUAGAGCCAAGACUCUCCCACUAUGGCUGCAUGGUGGAUCUGUUUUGUCGUCGAGGGCUGCUAAAAGAAGCGUACGAUUUUGUCCUGGCGAUGCCAAUUCCAGCAAAUGGUGUGAUAUGGAGAACAAUGUUAGGGUUUUGUGGCAUUCAUGGCAAUGCUGAGCUUGCUGCAGUGGCUCACUCUAGGCUGAUUGAAUUGCAGGAGGGUGUUGCUGGGGAUGAUGUUGUGAUGUCUAAUAUUUGUGCUGGGAAUGACAUGUGGGAGGAGAAAGUGAAGGUUAGAGAUGAGAUGAAACAGAGAAGAAUUCCUGGGUGGAGCUCAAUUCAGGUGGGGAAUUGGGUUCAGUCUCGAGACUUGUUAAGUUUAAAAUAGAAGAUAGAGAUUGCUUUAAUGAGUUAAAUGUGAUAACCUUGUUAAGUUAUUCCAUAUCUUUUAUCUAUUUCAUGAUCAUGAUAUUUGAUCGUGCUCUUAUGUAUAGUGGCAUUACAAAGAAUUGGGAUAUGAUUGCCUAGCAAUACUGAUUGGGUGCCCGAAGCCGUGUAUCCAAACUAUUCUUCCAUAA